AUGCCGAACACGAGGCGACGCCGAUUCUCCGUGCAAAAUGAUACACAACGACCGAAGUCUCACCGAGCGAGGGGCGCCUCCAAUAACAGCUACAAAUCGAAGUCCGCGCUCCCCGACCAUGCCGGAGAAAAUUGUGUACAAAAGAACAAGACACGUCCUAACAGUUCCAAUGAGAUUUGUUCUCUGAAUGUGUCCGACGACCACGAGAGCUCGGCGUCUCUCGCUACCACGAAGCAACGUUCCACCGCGACGCUGGACAAGGACGUGGCCGCCAGCUCUAGUAACAUCGAUCUCUAUCAUUACCUAAGGGCUCCGGAAAACGCCUCUGUGGCCAGCUCAGUAACUCUGAAUGGUGAAAGCGAGACGAACUGUAAACAAAAUGAUAGCUUAGUAAGUCAACAUCGUAUCAAAGUGAGGAGUCCCAAGAGAUGCGCACCAACUAUUGACGACACAGAACAAGCAGAGGGCAGGUCGCUCGAUGCAGAGGAGAUGUGUCGGAUCUGUCACGGCGCGGAGGGAGCGCUGGUGGCUGCGUGUCGCUGUCGGGGCACGGUGGGUCGAGUGCACGUGCGCUGUCUGGAGCGGUGGCUCACCGAGGCGGCCAAGUCGCGCUGCGAGCUCUGUGGGGCGCGCUACCACACCCAGCGGGUUCACCGCUAUGGCUUGGCGAGGGCCAUGCUGGUGUGGCUCCUCAGCCACAGCGCGAAACAGUUGCUGGUGGACGGGCUGGGGCUGGCGCUGAUGUCUCCGCUGGCGGUGCUGGCAGCGUGGCUGUCAGGCCGCACGCUCUCCUCGCUGAUGGCGCAGGACCCGCGCCUCACGCCCUGGCCACUCGCGUCCACCUUCGUGCUAGCCUGCAUGACCCUGGUGUGCUACUACUGCUGGGUGGUGUCGGCGGCGACGCGCCACGCGCUCUCCUGGUGGGUGUGGUACCGCGCGCAGUACGAGGUGCGGCUGCAGCUCGACCAGGACCUCGACGACUCCUAG